AUGGAAAGCCCUGAACGUCCCAGUAAUACCCGGGCCUUUAAGCGCAGCUAUGUCGCUUGCGUAUCCUGCCGGGCGCGCAAGGCAAGAUGCGUCAUCAAGGACAAUCCACCCUGCGCCAAGUGCGCCCGCGAACAUCGGGAAUGCCAUUUCGAUCAUCGGCCGAGAGCCCCGAAACAUCGCGACGCGCCAAAGUGGACUCAGGAUGCACCAACUCGGCCUGUAGCUCAGAUGCCGCUUCCGCAAGAGACCCAGACCACGAAUCUCUCUCCGCAGGACGUCUCUGGGUUCGUCACUGGGACUACUGAUGCUUUGGACUUUUUGUCCAAUGCAGCUGGUCAACGACACAGCAUAGCGGCAUCUACCCCAUCUCAAGCAAAUCCCCUGACAAACGCCUCUCACUCUAGUGGACCCAAGGUUGUAUCAGGCGGGUACAAUGGAGUCGGGUUCACCAUCACCGCCCUGUCAGAGCCGGAUGAUGCCUGUCUCGACAUGUGGGAUAAGUGUCGGUUUGUUCGUCAAGGAUGGUUUACUGCUCAAGAAGCUGUUACAUACAUCGAUCUGUUCUUUGAGAAACUGGCCCCUCUCACACCUAUGGUAUUAGACCAGUUUCGCAGCCAUUCAUCACACACCCAUCUCGUCUGCGAAGAAGCCAUGCUCUGUGUCACGCUCCUGAUGAUCGCGUCACGCUUCUUCAAGCUCCCCGGCGCUGGUGGGACCUCGAGAAGCCACAACGCUCAUCAGCGACUGUGGAACUACUGUGAACUUCUCAUCAAGCGCAUCCUCCUUGGUCAAGAAAAGCAGUCUACUUCCCAGACAAGAACAAUUGGCACAAUAGAAAGUCUUUUACUCAUAUCAGACUGGCACCCAAGAGCACUACAUCUUCCACCGGAGACUGAAGGUUGGGAUGGGUUGCUAAUCACCCCCACGUAUGAUCGAACAAAUAGAAAGUACACCGACGAUGAGAUGCCGCUUAUUCGCUGGAAGCAGGACGUCUUUGACCCUGCCAAAAGGGCCAAUAGAAUGUCUUGGAUGCUGCUAGGUAUGGCUAACAACCUGGCCUAUGAGCUCGGCGUUCUUUCCACGCACCAAGAUGCAAGUCAAUCUGUCAGUCCGGAAGUCCUUCGAAGCCGUCGAACACAGAAGCUCCUGUAUGUCUACGUUACGCAAACUGCGACCCGCCUAGGAUACCCUUCUGUGUUUCCUGAGAGUAUCUCCAUCACCGCUUCGAGGCUACCAGCUCAGAAUGCAGGCGAUCCAAGUAGCCGGCCCUGGAUAGCGUACAUGGACCUCAGUCUAGAACUCACUCAGCUGUCACGAACAGCCUCAUCCAUGUUUUUCCACUCAGCCGCUCAUUUACAAACCCAGGUCAUGGGAGAUCACUACGCGGAUCUGUUGGAGCACUUUUCGCUGUCUUUAUCUAAAUGGCAGGACAAGUUCGACAAUCUGAGUCACGAUAUCGCCGCACCUCUUCGCGACACGCUUGCAAUUGAGUUCCAUCAUACCAAAGCCUGCACGGGCGCUAUUUCCAUCCAAGCAGUAGUUGCUCGAGCGUCGUCAGCUGGCUUUACUUCAGCCACAACAAACCAAGACGAAGCGCUGUCUGCUUUUAUCACACCGAAAGACGCGAGGUUCCUGCAAGAAGUCAUAUCAGAUACAAAGAAGGUCUUGCACACAGCGACCAUGAGCGACUUCAAGCACCAUCUUCCUUAUGCCCCCGCUCGUAUCAAGAUUAGCGUCAUCAGCUCGUCUGUCUUUCUGCUCAAAGCACUAAGUGUUGGGUCUACUCACACCGAUGUCAGCGAUGCGUUGUAUACUCUAGACCAGUGUACAUCAACGCUUAAGUCGUCACCCGCAGAUGAUAUGGACUUUGCGUUAAGAUACGCAGAUCUCAUCGAGAAGCAUACAGCUCAAUUUAGAGCUCACCUCACACAAACUAGGGGCCAUAGCUCUAGUGAUCAGAGCCGCACCUCCAUACCCGCAGGUACCAGUCAACCUGAGAACGGCACAGGAGGUUCAGUGUCGUAUCUGUCAAGCUUAGAGUCCCAACCGAUUGAAGAUGGAGGGAACUAUAUGAACUUUGAUGUGGGGGAUACCUGGGUUUCACUCCCGUUUGAUUCAAGUAUUGCGCCGUUUGGCGAAGGCGCUGAUCAGUUGGCUCUAGGAUUGGAUGUUGAUUCAUUGAACUUCCUUUGGAGUUUGCCGGAGCUGGGGCAAGGGGAGACGGGGUUCGUGUAG